CACUUAGGACACCCUCUCUGAAAUCUUUUGUGUGCGUGUCAUUUUUUUUUCUUGAUCUCAUUUCGAUGCUAAGAUACCUUAUCAUUUAAUAUAAGAGGCAUGAGAGCUGUUAUUCUGGUUAUAUCUUCCACAGAGGAACGUAAUACAACGAAGAAGAAGAAGCAGAAGAAGAAGGAGAUGGAGAUGGAGAUGGCAAUGGCAGAGACACCCAGCACAGCAUCCGAUGAAGAGGAGAUGAACAAACUCCUCACAGCGGCCCUCGAGGAACAGGAUGCCAGGUUGAGGGCGGGCGUGAGUGCCAACAGUGCCAUGAGAGAGAAGCUUGUGAUCCUCGGGAGCGGUGACAUGGCACUGGCACUCUCCAUGGUGAUGGUGCGUGCCGGUUUCCAGCCUGUGGUCGGGAGUCGGUACCCUGAUAGUGCCAGACAGAGACUGAAGUGUGCGGCCGUCACCGUGACAACGCUGAAGGAGGCCCUGGAGGAGGGAGAGGUGGUCCUAGUGGCCAUCCCUGCGGAACACCACGGCUCUCUCCCUCGACACCUGCUCGCCGGGAAGAUCGUGGUCGACGUCAGCAACAGACCUCCUAACAGCCCCCGCCGGCCCGAGAGCGUAGCGGAGCGCCUGCAGGAGUGCCUUCCGGAGAGCCACGUCGUCAAGGCCUUCAACACGCUGUCCGCCUUCGCCCUCCAGCAGGGGGACGUCAGGGGCAGCAAGGAGGUCCCCAUCUGCAGCAACAGCAGCCGCGGGCGCGAGCGAGUGUCGGCGCUGGCGAAGUCCCUCGGUUUCACGCCCCUCGACUGUGGUGUUCUCGAGAACGCCCGUGAAAUAGAGAACAUUCCCUUCCGCUUCUUUCCGGAGUGGAGAACACCUUGCAUCGUUGCUGCCGUCCUGUUCUGGGUGUUCUUCCUGUUCUUGUUCUUCAGGAGACAGAUUUGCCCCAACAUAGAAGGAAACGAACCGUGGAAUUGGAACCGAUUUCAGCCUCUGCCUCUUAAAAACGGCAUGUUGGCCUUCGCUCUCACCGGCACCGUGCUGCUCCUCAUGUGCUAUGUGCCAGGCACGAUCGCCGGCUAUCUGCAGCUGCGACGCGGAACGAAGUACUCGUCCUUUCCCAGCUGGCUCGACAGGUGGCUCAAGGCUCGUAAACAGUUGGGUCUUUUGGCUCUCCUCGCCGGCUGUUCGCAUGCGUGUAUGUCGAUCUUCACUCUGAUGGGCAGCGGGAUGACUCAGCCUCCGAACUGGUCGCAGCAGCUGUACCUCGCCCUCGGUACGUCUGGUUCUCGUGCAGAUAAGUGCAGUGAAAAAAGAACAGUUCUUAGUCUGCAAUAUGAUCUUUUCAAGCAGCUCGUCUCAAAAAAAGACAUUGCUGUGGCCCGCACCUGGAGACGAUAUGCUAGCAGAGAGACGACACAACGCGAGAAAUAA